AGGCUCCUCCCCGACAACAGUUCCCGACCUCCGACGAGAUCUCAGGCUGCCACACUAAAGAGGAACAAAAAGGCGAUCUGACAGCGCUUUCUGCACUCCCUCUACUUUCUCCGGGGUAGUCACGGGAUUUCAAUGUUCAGCUUGGUCUUUGGUUUCUGUGUUGACUUGAGCCGUACCUAUAUGGCGUGUGUGAGCGGAGAGUUCUGCCAGGCACAGCACCUCACCUCUGUGGAGAAGUGAAUCGGCCGCCCCCCGAGGGACUACGCUACCCAGAAACCCCCCUGACUGCCAGCGCACUAGGAACUGCUGACUUUUCCCAAAGGCCCCCUGGGAUAUUGCGUAGCCCUUGGCCUGAUUGCUCUGCCCUGUCCCAACCGAUACGAAAACCUUUGCUUUCUACUUUCUUCUUGAACAGCCAAUCACAAACAGCUCUCCUGAAUGGGCCGUCUCGCCAACAUGAACCGCCCCGCUGCAGUUGAGAUUGUCUACGAGUGCAUGAGGUUCCUCAUCACCCACAACCCCACCAAUGCCACACUUAACAAGUUCACUGAGGAACUGAAAAAAUUUGAGGUGAACACUCUGGUGAGAGUUUGCGAUGCCACCUACGAUAAGGCUCCAGUAGAGAAAGAGGGGAUACAGGUCUUGGACUGGCCUUUUGAUGAUGGUGCCCCUCCUCCCACCCAGAUCGUGGAUAACUGGCUCAAGUUGCUCAACACCAAAUUUCGAGAGCAACCCGGCUGCUGCAUCGCCGUACACUGUGUGGCGGGCCUCGGACGAGCUCCAGUCUUGGUGGCCUUAGCCCUCAUUGAGUGUGGGAUGAAGUAUGAGGAUGCUGUGCAGUUCAUAAGACAGAAGAGACGUGGAGCCUUCAACUCCAAACAGCUUCUUUACCUCGAGAAAUACAGACCCAAAAUGCGUCUGCGGUUCAAGGAUACCAACGGCCACAACUGCUGCGUGCAGUAGGCUGCCUGUCAGUGCGUCUUUCUUAUGCACAUCUAGUGGGGAAUCUUCCGAUAACGGGAGAGAUUUAAAAAGAAAAAACAAAACAAAACACGGAGAGUGCUAUCAGUAAUUAUUGUGAUGAUUUGUUAACACUGAGUCAUGGUUAAUUGAGAAGGAAGCGAGUGAUCAAAUGAAUGAAUCCAGAUCUGGGGAUCCACCAGCCGAACCAAUGAAUGGAAGGUUAAAGCACACAGAUAGGCCCGCCACCCGGUUUAUACUGUUCAACCACGGGCCAGAAUUUUUCAACUUGAGUCCAUCCUGUUUGUUACGGGGUUUUUAUUUUACUUUUUCUUUUUUUUCUUCUUUUUUUUUUUUGUUCCAGUUUUAAUCAUGGGAUAACAGUUUCCAUUUUUUGUGAAUGUUUAUUUUUACACAAACGUGGUGAUGAAAUUAUAUAUUCUCAUUUUGAUUUCCACUAAUUAUUGAUAUUUUAUAAUUGGGCCAGAACGACAUACUUCUUUUUUUUUUUUUUUUAAACACACAUUGUGACUGUCUUUUUUGCACAAAACUCAAAGGUUCACCUGAAAAAUGCAGUAAUGUUUUUUCUUCUUCUUACCCUUCACUUGCUUAAUGUCACUUUCAGUUUAGGGGGUCACUGAGUUUGAAUAUGUCUGUAAUAUUUAUUCACAAGAUAUAUGUGUGGCAGUUAAGAGUUUGGCAGGGGCAAGGACACUUUGUCAUCCAAUAGUUUUAGUUUUAUCUGUUUGAGAGCCAUGUCUUUUCCUCUUUUUCUUCUUUUUUUCUUUUUUUUUUGUCUUUUUUUUUUUUUUUUUGUUUCUUUAAAUCUUGUUGGAGUGCAAUAAUCAGUCCACCUCAGAUAUGUCCGCCAAACCCUGCUGAGUGUCCUACGCACACAUACACACAAACUUCAGAUUAUCAUCCAGGCCGUUUAAAAAAACAAAAAACAAAAAAAACAAAAAAAAUACAACAACAAAAAACAAAAAUGUAACUACAACAGGUACUUGUAAUUUCAUUCUCUCUCCCUUCUGGGGCUACAAUAGGACUUUUUCCAGAUAUGCAUAUUUAAACUCUUACACAGAGCCUAAGAUUCAAUCUGAAAGUCAAGCUGGAGAAGGAUGAAAGUGGUCAGUUUUUUUAUCAUUGUACCCAUUUUGAAAACAUCCCCAAUUCAUAUUGGUUCUUUAAAGAUAAAUAAAUUCAAAUAAAAAGCAAACUUGUCUCCUUUUUCCCCCCCCCAAGAUUUGCAGUUGUCACAAUCUGAGUGGGCACGGGCGUGUUGUGUAGUGAAAUGGGUGUUUCGUAUGGUGCUUAGGGCAGAUAAGAAGUCCCUGCCUAAAUGCCACUGUCCUAAAAUUUCACUUCAACCAGAGGAGCUUACAAGAGAUCCAUCUAAAAGGAAACCAUGGGAAUGCAUGGUUUCCUUUGUUUGGAGCAGUGAAGUCUAAUUUCACCUCUUGGGCCACAUGCAGCGUACUUUGAGCUUAAAUGGGAAGUCGGUGUAAAGACAUUUCACCUACACAAUCCCUGAGAUAUCUUUAUAUAGUAUGCAUUUAAAAAAACAAAAAAAAAUAAAUCUUUAUUAGUAAGUUACUUUGUUCUUUAGAAGUAGGGAAAGCUGGAAAAUGUAUGAGGAAAAAGUGAAAAAUUCCAAACUUUUUCAAAACAAUUCAGUGGCUGAAUUAGAGACUUAGCUGCACCGACUCUGGCCCCCAGGCCUUAUGUUUGACGGCUUAGAAUAAAGUUCGGGGGGGGUUGUACAUCCUGUUGGAUUGUGCGGUUGUCUUGUUGGGUUUGCAAGGCUGCAGCCUGACCCUUCUCCCUCUGGGGGCAGUGGCCAGUGUUUCUGGUCUUCCUGUGUAUCUGGCUGAUAUCGGGGGAAGGGUCCAGCUGCAGUCCCGACAAGCCAACACAAACCCCCAAUCCCUCUUUACCCAUACUUGAUUCCUUACCCGUGCUUUGUGAAAUGCCUGCUUCGUUAUGCUAAAGUAUGACACACUUGGAUACAGCAGGAUAUCACGGGAUAUCUAAACCAAGACUUCCUACUUCCUGUGCCAGUCAUUGUUAAAAGUUCUGGUAUGAAGAUGGUGUGCAUUGAAAAUCAUCACAUAACAGUCAGUGGGUUUGAAAUGUAAUGUCAGACAGUGCCAUCCAGGAUGAGUCAGUACUUCCACAGGCAUACAUGAGACACAUCACACUCCAAGGAUCCUGAAUUGAAAUCUAUGGAACAAUUCUGUAACAGUAGAGGUGGUGGAAGUUGUCCCAGGGCUGCGGAAAGCUUUUUAAAAGCUUUGUUUUGUUUUUGUUUUUUUUCCAAGCCUUUUCUCUGAUCUGAUUGGUGAUUCUGUACAUGUAUUUUAAUGUUUUUACAUGAAAUGACAAGUGCCCGGAGGUGUUACAAACACAGGUGCUGAGGUGAGACUUGUUCUUAGAAUAGCUUUGAUACUUGAGUGCCACACUUAGCCUACCUACACAUUCUACAUACUCUUUCAUAUGUGGGUAUCUGUUUAGUCAUGGGGUAAAAAAUUACAUUUUAUUUGGAAAAUUUUGAUCUUUAAAGCAAAAUGUCAUCUUUGUCCUCCCCCUUUUUUAAAUUUUUUAAAAACACUUUUUUUCCUAAACUGAGCAACAGCGCCGUCUCUCACCUUGCACUUAGUGAUAAACACAAUCAGUGCUUCCUAGACAGUAUGUUCUCAUUAGACAUGUCUGUCAAAGGCACUCCUCCGUGUCCUUUCCCCAUCUGAGGGUGAGUCAGCACCACGUGGAAAGCACAGGACACCGAGGUACCGAGCGAUGACUCACAAUCUCAAGUGGUAAUCACGACUCCUGCCAAUACCUCAAACAAUUGAAAGUGCCCCCUCUGCUGCUCAAACGGUGUCACAGCGUGAACAGUGAAGUCAUUGCAGUCACGCUGAGAGCGAUGACAGUUCAUUGGAAGUUGCAAUGUGUGUCUUCCUCCAUUUUUUAACCUUUGCAAAAACACAAAUUGGAUGAGAUUAAAACCUACCACUUGUGCCUGUCUGCACUCUACAUGGGCAUCCAUGUUGCCCAAAAUCAUUUACUAUUACCUAAAAAUGGCAAGUGCUGGAAGUUUCCAUUCCUUAGAAAAAGAAGCACUAAAACACAAUGAAAACGCGUCAGUACACACAAAACUGUAUUACUGGAAAACUAAGCAUAAGAUAGCAAAAGUAAAAAUAAUUAAUCUGCAUAAAUAUGUUCCCCAUCAGUGUCAAGUGGAUUCAUAUGUUGAAGCUUGAGCUCAUUUUAAAUACUUUAUAUUAAACUUACUGUCCAGCAUCA